GCUCCCCCAUUUAUAUCCUUCACAUAAUUCCCAUUCUCAUCAACCCAAUACCAAUACGCUCCAUCAAAUCUUCGCAUAUACCCAGCUGGAUGAUCCAUUAAUUUGGUAGUUCCAUCUAUCCAAUGGAGCCUUCCUGACCAAUAACUAAACUCUCGAUGCCAACCCUCAAGGGAAACGGAUACUUGUUGACGAAAACCCUAUCAUACAUCGUGAACAAGAAUGAGGUUAUGUAAAGGAAUAUGUAUAUAGAUUUAAUAAGGGUACGUCAAAUCAGGCCAGAAUGAUGAUAAAUGGAGUGGAGGUUAAUUAUUGAUUAGAUAUAUAGAGAUAGUUGGAUAGACCGGCUACUUUUAUACUUCGUUUGUCCCAAUGAACUACACUCUAACAUCGCACUGCAUUAUGCCGUUACUACAUCUUCGUUAUCCCUUGCCAUUUCUUCGCACUACCCCUCAUCUCAAGAUAUGGUUCAGUCUGCAAGCAAGCCACAAUUUACCUGCGGUCUGGGCAAGGACAAAUAGGGAUAUCAAGCAGAGUUGAGGUCGCCUUUAUUCUGCUGCUCAUUGUAGCACUGCGUUAUUAUCGGGUAGCAUGUAGUAGCACAGAUGAGAAUCUUCUAGGAUUGAUAAAACAGUUGAAUAUAAUUUAGCGCAG